CCAAUCAAAGCACAGUGGGCUCACAGGGGGGGAGGAGGAGCUCCAACAAGCCGUGCAGGACAGAGAGUGAAUACACAGACUCUACAGAGAUGCUGUGAGAAACCAAUGAGUUACUAUGUAUUGAUCUGUUACAGCAUUUAGGAGGUUAAUAAAGUUUGAACAAUAAAAUAAACAGCAGAUAUAUAUUUAUCUAUAUCUGCUGUUUAUUUUAUAUAUAUAUUUAUAUAUCUACAGUAGAAAACACACAUCAUAAAGAAUAUAAAAUAUCCUGCAUUUACUACAGAAAGCAGCAGAAAUAUACAUUUAUAUAUUUGUAUAUUAAUUAUAUAUAUAUAUUAACAUUUAGACAUUCUUUCAGUAAUUGAGUAUUUAAACGAUAGAAGUACUUUUCCUGAAGUGAUCUGAGUACUUUUUAAAGUACAUUUAAUGGGAUUUAAGGACCUCCUCCUAAAGACGUCAUUUCCUGGCCGGAAGUGUCGGCAGCGCUGAGUCAGCUGAACCAAACCGGAAGCAAAACAAACAGCAGAGCUCGUGCACAAACGCUCCGACAGACUUCAACGUUUUUAAUUAUAUUAACUUUAAUAAUUAAGAACUUUUUUUAUUUGAGUUUCUUCCCGCGGGAAUUUGCGUCAUCGCACUGGACGAACAGCACGGGACACUCUGCAGCAGCAACGCGGAAGUGAGAUGAAGAGGAAGCGGCUGCUCGCGCUCUUUGUGGGCGGAGUCUUCAUCGCCGCCGUGAUGUCACUGCAUCGCAUGCUGGAGCAGGAGGCGAAGCCUCAGCAGGAAGCACCUGCAGGACAGGGGGACCAGGAUUUGUCCCGCCUCGCUCAGAAGAUUGACAGGUUGGAGCGUCUCCUUAGCGACAACAACCGUCUGGUUGCUACGCUACGAGACUCUCUGCUACACCCUAAAGGGGACAAUAGAGGAGGAGCCAAUGUAAGCUCCGCCCACAGCCCAGCUGACUCGCUGCCUGGCUGUCGAUUGGCCGACGAGACAAAGGGUGGAGCCGACGAAGUGCAGCUGCUGGAUGUUUACGAUCGGCUCCCGUUCGAUAACCCUCCCGGCGGCGUCUGGAAACAAGGCUUUGAUAUCCGUUACCAAGGAGACGAGUGGGACGAGACGCCGCUGGAGGUGAUCCUGGUGCCGCACUCUCACAACGACCCCGGCUGGCUGAAGACGUUUGAUAAUUAUUAUCACGACCAGACGAAACACAUCCUCAACAAUAUGCUGACCAAACUGUCUGAGGACAGCAGGAGGAAGAUGAUCUGGGCAGAGAUCAGUUAUUUCUCUAAAUGGUGGGAAGAGCUCGACCAGAAGAAGAGAGACACGGUCAAACGCCUGCUGGCGGGGGGGCAGCUGGAGAUAGUGACGGGUGGCUGGGUGAUGGCCGACGAGGCAAACUCUCAUUAUUACGCUUUGUUGGAUCAGCUGAUAGAAGGACAUCAGUGGAUACAGACACACCUGGGUGUGAAGCCGAGCAGUGGUUGGGCGAUCGACCCGUUUGGCCACUCCCCCUCCAUGGCCUACCUGCUGAAGGGGGCGGGGCUUAGCAACAUGGUCAUCCAGCGCGUUCACUACGCUGUGAAGAAGGAGUUCGCCCGGCAAAAGACUCUGGAGUUCAAGUGGAGGCAGAGCUGGGACUCCUCCCCCCUCGGUGACAUCACGUGUCACAUGAUGCCCUUCUACAGUUACGAUGUCCCUCACACCUGCGGUCCCGACCCAGCCGUCUGCUGUCAGUUUGACUUUCACCGGCUGCCGGGGGGGCGGGUCUUCUGUCCCUGGAGGGUCCCCCCUCAGCCAAUCACAGAGCAGAACGUCCACGAGAGAGCCCUCCUGCUAUUGGACCAGUACCGCAGGAAGUCCCGCCUCUUCCGCUCUCCGGUGCUUUUCGUUCCGCUCGGAGAUGAUUUCCGCUUUGUGGAGUCGAGCGAGUGGGACGCUCAGUUCAGAAACUACCAGAAGCUGUUCGACUUCUUCCAGACGCACCCCGAGCUGCACGUCAGCGCUCGUUUUGGGACUCUCUCAGAUUACUUCCAGGCUCUCCAGAAGGUGUUACCGGUCUCGUCUCUGCCGACGGUCCGCGGAGACUUCUUCACGUACGCCGACCGAGACGACCACUACUGGAGCGGAUACUUCACGUCCAGACCGUUCUACAAGAGGCUGGACCGCACGCUGGAGGCCACGCUACGAGCGACGGAGAUCCUGUACAGCCUGACUCUGGCUGCGAUGCGUUCCCAUGGCGACGGUCGCCUGGCGACAGGGUUCCCGGCGCAGGAUCACUUUCUACUUCUGACGGCUGGGAGGCGGGGCUUAGCGCUGUUCCAGCAUCACGACGCUGUCACCGGCACCGCCAGAGACCCCGUCGUCAUGGACUACGGAAACAG